AUGGGGAAUGCAGCAGUUGCAAUCACAUCUUCAGUCGCGGGAACUGCGACAGUAGUAGUAAUGAUCGCCCUCAUCAGAAGAUGCCGCGUCGUGAGGAAGAAGAUGAAGAAGAAAAUCGUAAAGAAAGUAUUGGAGGAGCUUGACCGAAAAGACCGCCAGGCUCAGUCCUGCAUCGCCGUGGAAGAUGUGGUGGUCGAAAUCGGCCCCGUGGAGAAGUUCCUCAACGAGAUCCUCAACGAGAAGCCGAUGCGUUUCAGCUCCGAGCAGCUGGCGGUCUACACCAAGAACUACUCGUGCGAACUGGGGUCCGGAGGCUACGGCGUGGUCUACAAGGGUGAGCUGCCGAACGGCCUGCCGGUGGCCGCGAAGGUCCUGAAGGUGUCCAUGAACAAGAAGGUUCAAGAGGCGUUCAUGGCGGAGAUCGGCACCAUAGGCCGGACGUACCACGUGCACCUCGUUCGCCUCUACGGCUUCUGCUUCGACGCGAACACGAAGGCCCUAGUCUACGAGUACUUGGAGAACGGCUCACUCGAGAAAUACCUUUACGGCGAUCAGGAGGGCAGCACAGCCACGAGGCUGGAGUGGGGGACACUGCACGGUAUCGCCGUCGGCACGGCGAAGGGGAUCAGGUACCUGCACGAGGAGUGCCAGCAGCGGAUCGUGCACUACGACAUCAAGCCGGCGAACAUUCUUCUCACGGCCAACUACACCCCGAAGGUGGCCGACUUCGGGCUCGCACGGCUGGGCGAGCGCGAGAACACCCACAUGUCGCUGACCGGCGGCGGCCGCGGGACGCCCGGGUACGCGGCGCCGGAGCUGUGGAUGGCGCUGCCGGCGUCGGAGAAGUGCGACGUGUACAGCUUCGGGAUGGUGCUGUUCGAGAUCCUGGGGCGGCGCCGGAACUACGACCCCGGCCACGGCGAAAGCAAGGAGUGGUUCCCGAGGUGGGCGUGGGAGAAGUACGAGCAGGGGGAGAUCGAGGACGUCGUGUCCUGCGACGGGAUCGUCGGAGAGGCGGACAGAGAGAAGGCGGAGAUGAUGUGCAAGGUGGCGUUGUGGUGCGUGCAGUUUCAGCCGUCGGCACGGCCGACGAUGAGCAGCGUGGUGCGGAUGCUGGAGGGUGAGAUGGCCAUUGUCCCGCCCGUGAACCCCUUCCGUUAUAUCAUGGAAAGCAGCGGUGGCUCAACUAGCUCGGGAUUGUGGAGCGGCACAUACCAGAGCAGUAGAGACACCACUGCUAGAGACAUAUCCACAAUCAUCGUGAGCAAGAAGAUGAAGAAGAAAAUCGUAAAGAAAGUCCUGGAGGAGAUUGAGAAAAAGAACCGUGAGAGUGAGAUGCAAACCAGCAACGCCGUGGAAGAUGUGGUGAUCGAGGUCGGGCCAGUUGAGACGUUCCUCAACCAGAUCCUCAACGAGAAGCCGAUGCGUUUCAGCUCCGAGCAGCUGGCGGCCUGCACCCGGAACUACUCGUUAGAGCUGGGGUCUGGCGGCUACGGCGUGGUCUACAAGGGUGAGCUGCCGAACGGCCUGCCGGUGGCCGUGAAGGUCCUGAAGGUGUCCAUGAACAAGAAGGUUCAAGAGGCGUUCAUGGCGGAGAUCGGCACCAUAGGCCGGACGUACCACGUGCACCUCGUUCGCCUCUACGGCUUCUGCUUUGACGCGAACACGAAGGCACUAGUCUACGAGUACUUGGAGAACGGCUCACUCGAGAAAUACCUUUACGGCGAUCAGGAGCCCAGCACAGCCACGAGGCUGGAGUGGGGGACACUGCACGGUAUCGCCGUCGGCACGGCGAAGGGGAUCAGGUACCUGCACGAGGAGUGCCAGCAGCGGAUCGUGCACUACGACAUCAAGCCGGCCAACAUCCUCCUCACGGCUGACUACACCCCGAAGGUGGCCGACUUCGGGCUGGCGCGGCUGGGCGAGCGCGAGAACACGCACAUGUCGCUGACCGGCGGCGGCCGCGGGACGCCCGGGUACGCGGCGCCGGAGCUGUGGAUGGCGCUGCCGGCGUCGGAGAAGUGCGACGUGUACAGCUUCGGGAUGGUGCUGUUCGAGAUCCUGGGGCGGCGCCGGAACUACGACCCCGGCCACGGCGAAAGCAAGGAGUGGUUCCCGAGGUGGGCGUGGGAGAAGUACGAGCAGGGGGAGAUCGAGGACGUCGUGUCCUGCGACGGGAUCGUCGGAGAGGCGGACAGAGAGAAGGCGGAGAUGAUGUGCAAGGUGGCGUUGUGGUGCGUGCAGUUUCAGCCGUCGGCACGGCCGACGAUGAGCAGCGUGGUGCGGAUGCUGGAGGGGGAGAUGGCCAUUGUCCCGCCCGUGAACCCCUUCCAUUAUGUCAUGGGAAGCAGCGAUGGCUGUGGCUCAACUAGCUCGGGAUUGUGGAGCGGCACAUACCAGAGCAGUAGAGACACCACUGCUAGAGACAGUGAGAUAUCGGUUAGCCCUAUUGUCAAGUCGACUUGA